AUGUCAACUGCGACGGUUACAACUACGAUAGAAAACGGAACUUCAACGAGUGAAGAUGAUUCAGAAGGCACAGAUUCAUCAUCCGAAGAUGAUUCAGAUGUAGAAAACAAUACAGAUAUUCCGUCAAUCACAACAACGAAACUACCAAAUUCAUCACUUGAAACAAAUUUUCCUCCUCUUGAAACAUCAAAACAAACUGAAACAGAAAAGUCAACUACAACGAACUCAAAUACAUUUCAAACUGAUACUACAUCACAUGAAGAUGAUUCACAUUCUGAGGAUUCAGAUUCGUCAUCCGAAACUAAUUCAGAUGAUGAACACAAUACAGACUUACCGACAAUCAUAACAACAAAAUUACCAAAUUCAUCAUUUGAAUCAAAUUUGCCAGAUCUGGAGACAUCAAUUCAAGUACAAACAGAAAAGUUAACUACAACGAUUGCAACUACAAUUAAAAACACACCAUCAACAGAUGAUUCACAAUCUGAGGGUUCAGAUUCAUCAUCUGAAGAUGAUUCAAGUAAUGAAGACAAAACAGACUUGCCAGAAAAUACAACUCCAAAAGAAAUGACAACAAACACAAAAUCUUCAUCGGAGGAGACAGACAACGAAGCAGAAACAACACCUACAGAAUAUUCGGAUUCAUCAUCGGAAGAAACUACAACUACAUCAGAGAUAACUAACAACGACGCAGAAACCACAAAAGAAACAACACCAAGGACAGAACAGAACACGACAUCUGAUACAAUACUAACCACAGUGAACACCACUACUACCCUUACAACAUCAAUGACAAAAGAAGUCACCACAACUGAGGCAAAACCUUCGCCAACCGAAACCACUACGGCUGCAAUAACACUAACAAAAGAAGUUACCACAACAGAGGCAAUGCCGACGACAGAAGAAGCCCCUACGACUGAAACAACACCAAUCAUCGAAGAGGCUUCUACAGACACAACGCAUACGGCAAAAGAGACAUCUAAAACUGAAUCAACUAAUACGACAAAUCAGACCGCCACCUUCGAAACAACACCUAAGUCAGCGGAAACCACUCUGACACCACCAAAACAAGAAACAGUUACAACAACUGAGGCAAUACCGACGAAAACAGAGACCAAUGCGACUAAAACAACACAUACGACAAAAGAAACUACUAUAACUGAAUCGACAACUACGACAAAAAAGCCCAACAGUUUUGAAACAACACCAAAAACUACCCUUACGACAGCAACUACAAAAGUCACCACAACUGAGGCAGUACCAACGACAGAAGAAACCACUAAAACAAAAACAACACCAACGACCGAAGAAGCAACUACAAAAGAAACAACAAUUUCAUCGAAAAACACUACCACAACUAAAGCAAUAUCAACGACGGAAGAGCCUACCACUAUAAAAACAACACAAAUGACAGAAGACGCUACAACUAACCUGACAAUACAAACAACAGAAGAAGUCAAAACCACUAAUGCAAUACCAUCAACGGAAGAAAGCAGUACUACUGGAACAACACCAAAACCAACAGACACUACAACUACCCUAACAACACAAACAACAGAAGAAGUCACCACAAAUGAGGCAAAACCAACAACAGUCGAAACUACAAAGAAUAUAACACUUCCGACGACGGUAGAAAUCAUAACAACAGAGACCAUACAAACGACAGAACAGAACACAACGACAAAAACAACACAAACGACCAAAACAGCUACAACAUCAGAAAUUCCUAAAACUGAAACAAUUCUAACGACGAAAGAGACCACAACUUCUAAUACAACACCAAUGACAAAAGGCACUACAACUACCAUGACAAAACCAAUGACAGAAAAAUUCACCACCACUGAGGCAAUACCAUGGACAGAAGAAUCCACUACCAUUAGACCAACACCAAAACAGACAACCACGACAAAAACAACACAAACGACGAAAAAAGCUACAACAAUAGAAAUUCCUACAACUGAAACAAUUCUAACGACGAAAAAGACCACAACUUCUGAUACAACACCAAUGACAAAAGACACUUUAACUACCAUGACAAAAUCAACGACAGAAAAAUUCACCACCACUGAGGCAAUACCAUGGACAGAAGAAACAACUACGACUGGACUGAAAACAACGACCGAAAAAGCUACUACUACAGAAACAACACUCAUAACAAAACUAACUGUAACAAGAGAAACAAAACCAACGAUGGAUGAGACUACCACUUUUGAAACAAAACCGAAGACUAUAUACACUGUUACAACGCUAACAACACCAUCAACAGUCGAAAAUACAACAAAUGCAACAAAACCGACGAUCGACGAUAUCACAACAACAGAGACUAUACAAUCGACAGAACAGACCACAACGACAGAAACAACACAAAAAACCGAAGAAGCUGCAACAAAAGAUUAUUUUACAACAGAAACAAUUCCAAUAACUGUGGCGACAACCAUUUCUGAAAGAACACCGACGACAGAAGACACUUUAACUACCGUGACAAAAUCAACGACAGCAAAAUUCACCACCACUGAGGCAAUACCAUUGACAGAAGAAACCACUACAACUGGAUCAACAGCAACAACCGAAAUGGCUACUACUACGGAAACAAAACUCAUAACAAACGCAACUAGUGCAACUGAAACAAAACCAACGACAGAAGAGACUACCACUUUUGAAACAACACCAAAGACAGUAUACACUGCUACAACUCUUACAACACCAUCGACAGACGAAAUUACAACACAUGAAACAAUAACGACGACCGAAGAAAUCACGACAACAGAGGCAAUACAAUCCACAAAACAGACCACCACAACAGAAACAAUACAAACGACCGAGGAAGCUACAAAAGAUUUUUUUACUACAGAAACAAUCCCAACAACUGUGGAGACCACAACUUCUGAAAAAACACCGAUGACAGAAGACACUUUACACACCGUGACAAAAUCAACGACAGAAACAUUCACCACCACUGAGGCAAUACCAUUCACAGAAGACACCACAACGACUGAACCAACACUGACUACCGACGAGGCUUCCACUACAGAAACAACAUACAUUACAAAAGUAACUGUUACAACUGAAACAAAAACAACGAUGGAAGAAACCACAACUUCUGACACAACAUCAAUGACAGAAGACACUACACCUAACGUGACAAAAUCAACCACGGAAAAAUUCAACACCACUGAGGCAAUACCAUGGACAGAAGAAACUACUACGACUGGAUCAACAGCAACAACCGAAGAGGCUACUAUUACGGAAACAACACACAUUACGAAAAUAAACAUUACAACUGAAACUAAACCAACAAUGGAAGAGACGACAACUUCUGAAACAAUACCAAUGACAGAAGACAUUUUAACUACCGUGAGAAAAUCAACAACAGAAAAUUUCACCACCACUGAGGCAAUACCAUUGACAAAAGAAACCACUACGACUGCACCAAUACUGACGACCUACGAGGCUACUACUACACAAACAACACACAUUACGAAAGUAAAUAUUACAACUGAAACAAAACCAACGAUGAAAGAGACGACAACUUCUGAAACAACACCAAUGACAGAAGACACUUUAACUACCAUGACAAAACCAACUAUAGAAAAAUUCACCACCACUGAAGCAAUACCAUUGACAGAAGAAACCACUACGACUGGAUCAACAGCAACAACAGAAGUGGCUACUUCUACAAAAACAACACACAUUACGAAAGUAAAUACUACAACUGAAACAAAACCAACGAUGGAAGAGACGACAACUUCUGAAAAAACACGAACGACAGAAGACACUUUAACUACCGUGACAAAACCAACCAAAGAAAAAUUCACCACCACUGAAGCAAUACCAUUGACAGAAGAAACCACUACAACUGGAUCAACAGCAACAACCGAAAAGGCUACUACUACGGAAACAAAACUCAUAACAAACGUAACUAGUGCAACUGAAACAAAACCAACGACAGAAGAGACUACAACAUUUGAAUCAACACCAAAGACAGUAUACACUGCUACAACUCUUACAACACCAUCGACAGACGAAAUUACAACACAUGAAACAAUAACAACGACCGAAGAAAUCACGACAACAGAGGCAAUACAAUCCACAAAACAGACCACCACAACAGAAACAAUACAAACGACCGAGGAAGCUACAAAAGAUUUUUUUACUACAGAAACAAUCCCAACAACUGUGGAGACCACAACUUCUGAAAUAACACCGAAGACAGAAGACACUUUACACACCGUGACAAAAUCAACGACAGAAAAAUUCACCACCACUGAGGCAAUACCAUUAACAGAAGAAACCACUACGACUGCACCAAUACUGACGACCUACGAGGCUACUACUACACAAACAACAUACAGUACGAAAGUAAAUAUUACAACUGAAACAAAACCAACGAUGAAAGAGACGACAACUUCUGAAACAACACCAAUGACAGAAGACACUUUAACUACCAUGACAAAACCAACUACAGAAAAAUUCACCACCACUAAGGCAAUACCAUGGGCAGAAGAAACCACUACGACUGAACCAAUACUGACGACCGACGAGGCUACUACUACAGAAACAACACACAUUACGAAAGUAAAUAUUACAACUGAAACAAAACCAACGAUGAAAGAGACGACAACUUCUGAAAAAACACGAACGACAGAAGACACUUUAACUACCGUGACAAAACCAACCACAGAAAAAUUCACCACCACUGAAGCAAUACCAUUGACAGAAGAAACCACUACGACUGCACCAAUACUAACGACCUACGAGGAUACUACUACACAAACAACACACAUUACAAAAGUAACUAUUACAACUGAAACAAAACCAAUGUCAGAAGAGACUACCACUUUUGAAUUAACACCAAAGACAGUAUACACUGCUACAACUAUUACAACACCAUCGACAGUCGAAAUUACAACAAAUGAAACAAUACCGACGACCGGAGAAAUCACGACAACAGAGGCAAUACAAUCGACAAAACAUACCACCACAACAGAAACAACACAAACGACCGAGAAAGCUACAACAAAAGAUUUUUUUACAACCGAAACAAUUCCAACAACUGUAGAGACCACAACUUCUGAAAUAACAUCGAUGACAGAAGACACUUUAUCCACCGGAACAAAAACAACGACAGAAAAAUUCACCACCACUGAAUCAAUACCAUUGACAGAAAACACCACAACGACUGGACCAAUACUGACUACCGACGAGGCUACCACUACAGAAACAACAUACAUUACAAAAGUAACUGUUACAACUGAAACAAAACCAACAUUGGAAGAAACCACAACUUCUGACACAACAUCAAUGACAGAAGAUACUACACCUACCGUGACAAAAUCAACCACAGAAAAAUUCAACACCACUGAGGCAAUACCAUGGACAAAAGAAACUACUACGACUGGAUCAACAGCAAAAACCGAAGAGGCUACUAUUACGGAAACAAAACUCAUAACAAAAGGAACAAUGACAACUGAAAUAAAACCAACGACAGAAGAAACUACUACUUUUGAAACAACACCAAAGACAGAAAACACUACAACUACCGAAAAAAAAACAACGACAGAAGAAUUCACCACCACUGAGUCAAUACCUUGGACUGAAGAAACCACUACGACUGGAACGACAACAACGACUGAAAAAGCUACAACUACAGAAACAACACUCAUUACAAAAGUAACUAUUACAACUGAAACAAAACCAACGAUGGAAGAAACCACAACUUCUAAAAUAACACCGACGACCGAAGACACUUUACCGACCGUGACAAAAUCAACGACAGAAAAAUUCACCACCACUGAGGCCAUCCCAUUACCAGAAGAAACCACUACGACUGGACCAAUACUGUCGACCGACAAGGCUACUACUACAGAAACAACAUACAUUACAAAAGUAACUAUUACAACUGAAACAAAACCAGCGAUGGAAGACACGACAACUUCUGAAGCAACACCAAUGACGGAAGACACUUUACCCACCGUCACAAAAUCAUCGACAGAAAAAUUCACCACCACUGAGACAAUACCAUUAACAGAAGAAACCACUACGACUGAACCAAUACUGACGACUGACGAGGCUACUACUACAGAAACAACAUACAUUACAAAAGUAACUAUUACAACUGAAACAAAACCAACGAUGGAAGAAACCACAACUUCUGAAGCAACACCAAUGACAGAAGACACUUUACCCACCGUGACAAAAUCAACGACAGAAAAAUUCACCACCACUGAGACAAUACCAUUGACAGAAGAAACCACAACGACUGGACCAACAACAACGACCGAAGAGGCUCCCACUACAGAAACAACAUACAUUACAAAAGUAACUGUUACAACUGAAACAAAACCAACGAUGGAAGAAACCACAACUUCUGAAACAACACCAAUGACAGAAGACACUAUCACUACCCCGACAAAACCAACCACAGAAAAAUUCACUACCACUGAGGCAAUACCAUGGACAGAAGAAACCACUACGAUUGGACCAACAACAACGACCGAAGAGGCUACCACUACAGAAACAACAUACAUUACAAAAGCAACAAUGACAACUGAAAUAAAACCAACGACGGAAGAGACUACCACUUUUGAAACAACACCAAAGACAGUAUAUACUGCCACAACCCUUACAACACCAUCAACAGUCGAAAUUACGACACAUGAAACAAUACCGACGACAGCAGAAAUUACCACAACAGAGACUAUACCUAUGACAGAACAAAGCACCAAAACAGAAACAACACUGACGGCCGAAGAAGCCACAACAAAAGAAUUUUCUACAGCUCAAACAAGACCAGGGACGGAAGAGACAACCACGUUUGAAACAACAACAAUGACAGAAAACACUACAAGUACCGUAAUAAAACCAACGACAGAAGAAUUCACCACCACUGAGGCAAUACCUUGGACUGAAGAAACCACUACGACUGGACCGACAACAACGACAGAAAAAGCUACAACUACAGAAACAACACACAUUACAAAAGUAACUAUUACAACUGAAACAAGACCAACGAUGGAAGAGACGACAACUUCUGAAGCAACACCAAUGACAGAAGACACUUUACCCACCGUGACAAAAUCAACGACAGAAAAAUUUACCACCACUGAGACAAUACCAUUAACAGAAGAAACCACUACGACUGAACCAAUACUGACGACCGACGAGGCUACCACUACAGAAACAAAACUCAUAACAAAAGCAACAAUGACAACCGAAAUAAAACCAACGACGGAAGAGACUACCACUUCUGAAACACCAAAGACAGUUUACACUGCCACAACCCUUACAACACCAUCAACAGUCGAAAUUACAACACAAGAAAUAACAACGACAACCGAAGAAAUCACCACAACAGAGACUAUACCUAUGACAGAACAUAGCAUCACGACAAAAACAACACCGACGGCCGAAGACGCCACAACAAAAGAAUUUUCUACAGCUCAAACAAGACCAGGGACGGAAGAGACUACCACUUCUGAAACAACAACAAUGACAGAAAACACUACAAGUUCCGUAAAAAAACCAUCGACAGAAGAAUUCACUACCACUGAGGGAAUACCUUGGACUGAAAAAACCACUACGACUGGACCGACAACAACGACAGAAAAAGCUACAACUACAGAAACAACACACAUUACAAAAGUAACUAUUACAACUGAAACAAAACCAACGAUGGAAGACACGACAACUUCUGAAGCAACACCAAUGACAGAAGACACUUUACCCACCGUGACAAAAUCAACGACAGAAAAAUUCACCACCACUGAGACAAUACCAUUAACAGAAGGAACCACAACGACUGGACCAACAACAACGACCGAAGAGGCUCCCACUACAGAAACAACAUACAUUACAAAAGUAACUGUUACAACUGAAACAAAACCAACGAUGGAAGAAACCACAACUUCUGAAACAACACCAAUGACAGAAGACACUAUCACUACCCCGACAAAACCAACCACGGAAAAAUUCACUACCACUGAGGCAAUACCAUGGACAGAAGAAACCACUACGAUUGGACCAACAACAACGACCGAAGAGGCUACCACUACAGAAACAAAACUCAUAACAAAAGCAACAAUGACAACUGAAAUAAAACCAACGACGGAAGAGACUACCACUUUUGAAACAACACCAAAGACAGUAUAUACUGCCACAACCCUUACAACACCAUCAACAGUCGAAAUUACAACACAUGAAACAAUACCGACGACAGCAGAAAUUACCACAACAGAGACUAUACCUAUGACAGAACAAAGCACCAAAACAGAAACAACACUGACGGCCGAAGAAGCCACAACAAAAGAAUUUUCUACAGCUCAAACAAGACCAGGGACGGAAGAGACUACCACGUUUGAAACAACAACAAUGACAGAAAACACUACAACUACCGUAAAAAAACCAACGACAGAAGAAUUCACCACCACCGAGGCAAUACCUUGGACUGAAGAAACCACUACGACUGGACCGACAACAACGACAGAAAAAGCUACAACUACAGAAACAACACACAUUACAAAAGUAACUAUUACAACUGAAACAAAACCAACGAUGGAAGACACGACAACUUCUGAAGCAACACCAAUGACAGAAGACACUUUACCCACCGUGACAAAAUCAACGACAGAAAAAUUCACCACCACUGAGACAAUACCAUUAACAGAAGAAACCACUACGACUGAACCAAUACUGACGACCGACGAAGCUACUACUACAGAAACAACAUACAUUACAAAAGUAACUAUUACAACUGAAACAAAACCAACGAUGGAAGAAACCACAACUUCUGACACAACACCAAUGACAGAAGACACUACCACUACCCCGACAAAACCAACCACAGAAAAAAUCAUUACCACUGAGGCAAUACCAUGGACAGAAGAAACCACUACGAUUGGACCAACAACAAUGACCGAAGAGGCUACCACUACAGAAACAAAACUCAUAACAAAAGCAACAAUGACAACUGAAAUAAAACCAACGACGGAAGAGACUACCACUUUUGAAACAACACCAAAGACAGUAUAUACUGCCACAACCCUUACAACACCAUCAACAGUCGAAAUUACGACACAUGAAACAAUACCGACGACAGCAGAAAUUACCACAACAGAGACUAUACCUAUGACAGAACAAAGCACCAAAACAGAAACAACACUGACGGUCGAAGAAGCCACAACAAAAGAAUUUUCUACAGCUCAAACAAGACCAGGGACGGAAGAGACUACCACGUUUGAUACAACAACAAUGACAGAAAACAUUACAACUACCGUAAAAAAACCAACGACAGAAGAAUUCACCACCACCGAGGCAAUACCUUGGACUGAAGAAACCACUACUACUGGAACGACAACAACGACCGAAAAAGCUACAACAACAGAAACUACACUCAUCACAAAAGUAACCAUUACAACUGAAACAAAACCAACGAUGGAAGAAACCACAACUUCUGAAGCAACACCAAUGACAGAAGACACUUUACCGACCGUGACAAAAUCAACGACAGAAAAAUUCACCACCACUGAGGCCAUCCCAUUACCAGAAGAAACCACUACGACUGGACCAAUACUGUCGACCGACAAGGCUACUACUACAGAAACAACAUACAUUACAAAAGUAACUAUUACAACUGAAACAAAACCAGCGAUGGAAGACACGACAACUUCUGAAGCAACACCAAUGACGGAAGACACUUUACCCACCGUCACAAAAUCAUCGACAGAAAAAUUCACCACCACUGAGACAAUACCAUUAACAGAAGAAACCACUACGACUGAACCAAUACUGACGACUGACGAGGCUACUACUACAGAAACAACAUACAUUACAAAAGUAACUAUUACAACUGAAACAAAACCAACGAUGGAAGAAACCACAACUUCUGAAGCAACACCAAUGACAGAAGACACUUUACCCACCGUGACAAAAUCAACGACAGAAAAAUUCACCACCACUGAGACAAUACCAUUGACAGAAGAAACCACAACGACUGGACCAACAACAACGACCGAAGAGGCUCCCACUACAGAAACAACAUACAUUACAAAAGUAACUGUUACAACUGAAACAAAACCAACGAUGGAAGAAACCACAACUUCUGAAACAACACCAAUGACAGAAGACACUAUCACUACCCCGACAAAACCAACCACAGAAAAAUUCACUACCACUGAGGCAAUACCAUGGACAGAAGAAACCACUACGAUUGGACCAACAACAACGACCGAAGAGGCUACCACUACAGAAACAACAUACAUUACAAAAGCAACAAUGACAACUGAAAUAAAACCAACGACGGAAGAGACUACCACUUUUGAAACAACACCAAAGACAGUAUAUACUGCCACAACCCUUACAACACCAUCAACAGUCGAAAUUACGACACAUGAAACAAUACCGACGACAGCAGAAAUUACCACAACAGAGACUAUACCUAUGACAGAACAAAGCACCAAAACAGAAACAACACUGACGGCCGAAGAAGCCACAACAAAAGAAUUUUCUACAGCUCAAACAAGACCAGGGACGGAAGAGACAACCACGUUUGAAACAACAACAAUGACAGAAAACACUACAAGUACCGUAAUAAAACCAACGACAGAAGAAUUCACCACCACUGAGGCAAUACCUUGGACUGAAGAAACCACUACGACUGGACCGACAACAACGACAGAAAAAGCUACAACUACAGAAACAACACACAUUACAAAAGUAACUAUUACAACUGAAACAAGACCAACGAUGGAAGAGACGACAACUUCUGAAGCAACACCAAUGACAGAAGACACUUUACCCACCGUGACAAAAUCAACGACAGAAAAAUUUACCACCACUGAGACAAUACCAUUAACAGAAGAAACCACUACGACUGAACCAAUACUGACGACCGACGAGGCUACCACUACAGAAACAAAACUCAUAACAAAAGCAACAAUGACAACCGAAAUAAAACCAACGACGGAAGAGACUACCACUUCUGAAACACCAAAGACAGUUUACACUGCCACAACCCUUACAACACCAUCAACAGUCGAAAUUACAACACAAGAAAUAACAACGACAACCGAAGAAAUCACCACAACAGAGACUAUACCUAUGACAGAACAUAGCAUCACGACAAAAACAACACCGACGGCCGAAGACGCCACAACAAAAGAAUUUUCUACAGCUCAAACAAGACCAGGGACGGAAGAGACUACCACUUCUGAAACAACAACAAUGACAGAAAACACUACAAGUUCCGUAAAAAAACCAUCGACAGAAGAAUUUACUACCACUGAGGGAAUACCUUGGACUGAAAAAACCACUACGACUGGACCGACAACAACGACAGAAAAAGCUACAACUACAGAAACAACACACAUUACAAAAGUAACUAUUACAACUGAAACAAAACCAACGAUGGAAGACACGACAACUUCUGAAGCAACACCAAUGACAGAAGACACUUUACCCACCGUGACAAAAUCAACGACAGAAAAAUUCACCACCACUGAGACAAUACCAUUAACAGAAGGAACCACAACGACUGGACCAACAACAACGACCGAAGAGGCUCCCACUACAGAAACAACAUACAUUACAAAAGUAACUGUUACAACUGAAACAAAACCAACGAUGGAAGAAACCACAACUUCUGAAACAACACCAAUGACAGAAGACACUAUCACUACCCCGACAAAACCAACCACGGAAAAAUUCACUACCACUGAGGCAAUACCAUGGACAGAAGAAACCACUACGAUUGGACCAACAACAACGACCGAAGAGGCUACCACUACAGAAACAAAACUCAUAACAAAAGCAACAAUGACAACUGAAAUAAAACCAACGACGGAAGAGACUACCACUUUUGAAACAACACCAAAGACAGUAUAUACUGCCACAACCCUUACAACACCAUCAACAGUCGAAAUUACAACACAUGAAACAAUACCGACGACAGCAGAAAUUACCACAACAGAGACUAUACCUAUGACAGAACAAAGCACCAAAACAGAAACAACACUGACGGCCGAAGAAGCCACAACAAAAGAAUUUUCUACAGCUCAAACAAGACCAGGGACGGAAGAGACUACCACGUUUGAAACAACAACAAUGACAGAAAACACUACAACUACCGUAAAAAAACCAACGACAGAAGAAUUCACCACCACCGAGGCAAUACCUUGGACUGAAGAAACCACUACGACUGGACCGACAACAACGACAGAAAAAGCUACAACUACAGAAACAACACACAUUACAAAAGUAACUAUUACAACUGAAACAAGACCAACGAUGGAAGAGACGACAACUUCUGAAGCAACACCAAUGACAGAAGACACUUUACCCACCGUGACAAAAUCAUCGACAGAAAAAUUCACCACCACUGAGACAAUACCAUUAACAGAAGAAACCACUACGACUGAACCAAUACUGACGACCGACGAAGCUACUACUACAGAAACAACAUACAUUACAAAAGUAACUAUUACAACUGAAACAAAACCAACGAUGGAAGAAACCACAACUUCUGACACAACACCAAUGACAGAAAACACUAUCACUACCCCGACAAAACCAACCACAGAAAAAUUCACUACCACUGAGGCAAUACCAUGGACAGAAGAAACCACUACGAUUGGACCAACAACAACGACCGAAGAGGCUACCACUACAGAAACAACAUACAUUACAAAAGCAACAAUGACAACUGAAAUAAAACCAACGACGGAAGAGACUACCACUUUUGAAACAACACCAAAGACAGUAUAUACUGCCACAACCCUUACAACACCAUCAACAGUCGAAAUUACAACACAUGAAACAAUACCGACGACAGCAGAAAUUACCACAACAGAGACUAUACCUAUGACAGAACAAAGCACCAAAACAGAAACAACACUGACGGUCGAAGAAGCCACAACAAAAGAAUUUUCUACAGCUCAAACAAGACCAGGGACGGAAGAGACUACCACGUUUGAAACAACAACAAUGACAGAAAACACUACAACUACCGUAAAAAAACCAACGACAGAAGAAUUCACCACCACCGAGGCAAUACCUUGGACUGAAGAAACCACUACGACUGGACCGACAACAACGACAGAAAAAGCUACAACUACAGAAACAACACACAUUACAAAAGUAACUAUUACAACUGAAACAAAACCAACGAUGGAAGACACGACAACUUCUGAAGCAACACCAAUGACAGAAGACACUUUACCCACCGUGACAAAAUCAACGACAGAAAAAUUCACCACCACUGAGACAAUACCAUUAACAGAAGAAACCACUACGACUGAACCAAUACUGACGACCGACGAAGCUACUACUACAGAAACAACAUACAUUACAAAAGUAACUAUUACAACUGAAACAAAACCAACGAUGGAAGAAACCACAACUUCUGACACAACACCAAUGACAGAAGACACUACCACUACCCCGACAAAACCAACCACAGAAAAAAUCAUUACCACUGAGGCAAUACCAUGGACAGAAGAAACCACUACGAUUGGACCAACAACAAUGACCGAAGAGGCUACCACUACAGAAACAAAACUCAUAACAAAAGCAACAAUGACAACUGAAAUAAAACCAACGACGGAAGAGACUACCACUUUUGAAACAACACCAAAGACAGUAUAUACUGCCACAACCCUUACAACACCAUCAACAGUCGAAAUUACGACACAUGAAACAAUACCGACGACAGCAGAAAUUACCACAACAGAGACUAUACCUAUGACAGAACAAAGCACCAAAACAGAAACAACACUGACGGUCGAAGAAGCCACAACAAAAGAAUUUUCUACAGCUCAAACAAGACCAGGGACGGAAGAGACUACCACGUUUGAUACAACAACAAUGACAGAAAACAUUACAACUACCGUAAAAAAACCAACGACAGAAGAAUUCACCACCACCGAGGCAAUACCUUGGACUGAAGAAACCACUACUACUGGAACGACAACAACGACCGAAAAAGCUACAACAACAGAAACUACACUCAUCACAAAAGUAACCAUUACAACUGAAACAAAACCAACGAUGGAAGAAACCACAACUUCUGAAGCAACACCAAUGACAGAAGACACUUUACCGACCGUGACAAAAUCAACGACAGAAAAAUUCACCACCACUGAGGCCAUCCCAUUACCAGAAGAAACCACUACGACUGGACCAAUACUGUCGACCGACAAGGCUACUACUACAGAAACAACAUACAUUACAAAAGUAACUAUUACAACUGAAACAAAACCAGCGAUGGAAGACACGACAACUUCUGAAGCAACACCAAUGACGGAAGACACUUUACCCACCGUCACAAAAUCAUCGACAGAAAAAUUCACCACCACUGAGACAAUACCAUUAACAGAAGAAACCACUACGACUGAACCAAUACUGACGACUGACGAGGCUACUACUACAGAAACAACAUACAUUACAAAAGUAACUAUUACAACUGAAACAAAACCAACGAUGGAAGAAACCACAACUUCUGAAGCAACACCAAUGACAGAAGACACUUUACCCACCGUGACAAAAUCAACGACAGAAAAAUUCACCACCACUGAGACAAUACCAUUGACAGAAGAAACCACAACGACUGGACCAACAACAACGACCGAAGAGGCUCCCACUACAGAAACAACAUACAUUACAAAAGUAACUGUUACAACUGAAACAAAACCAACGACGGAAGAGACUACCACUUUUGAAACAACACCAAAGACAGUAUAUACUGCCACAACCCUUACAACACCAUCAACAGUCGAAAUUACAACACAUGAAACAAUACCGACGACAGCAGAAAUUACCACAACAGAGACUAUACCUAUGACAGAACAAAGCACCAAAACAGAAACAACACUGACGGUCGAAGAAGCCACAACAAAAGAAUUUUCUACAGCUCAAACAAGACCAGGGACGGAAGAGACUACCACGUUUGAAACAACAACAAUGACAGAAAACACUACAACUACCGUAAAAAAACCAACGACAGAAGAAUUCACCACCACCGAGGCAAUACCUUGGACUGAAGAAACCACUACGACUGGACCGACAACAACGACAGAAAAAGCUACAACUACAGAAACAACACACAUUACAAAAGUAACUAUUACAACUGAAACAAAACCAACGAUGGAAGACACGACAACUUCUGAAGCAACACCAAUGACAGAAGACACUUUACCCACCGUGACAAAAUCAACGACAGAAAAAUUCACCACCACUGAGACAAUACCAUUAACAGAAGAAACCACUACGACUGAACCAAUACUGACGACCGACGAAGCUACUACUACAGAAACAACAUACAUUACAAAAGUAACUAUUACAACUGAAACAAAACCAACGAUGGAAGAAACCACAACUUCUGACACAACACCAAUGACAGAAGACACUACCACUACCCCGACAAAACCAACCACAGAAAAAAUCAUUACCACUGAGGCAAUACCAUGGACAGAAGAAACCACUACGAUUGGACCAACAACAAUGACCGAAGAGGCUACCACUACAGAAACAAAACUCAUAACAAAAGCAACAAUGACAACUGAAAUAAAACCAACGACGGAAGAGACUACCACUUUUGAAACAACACCAAAGACAGUAUAUACUGCCACAACCCUUACAACACCAUCAACAGUCGAAAUUACGACACAUGAAACAAUACCGACGACAGCAGAAAUUACCACAACAGAGACUAUACCUAUGACAGAACAAAGCACCAAAACAGAAACAACACUGACGGUCGAAGAAGCCACAACAAAAGAAUUUUCUACAGCUCAAACAAGACCAGGGACGGAAGAGACUACCACGUUUGAUACAACAACAAUGACAGAAAACAUUACAACUACCGUAAAAAAACCAACGACAGAAGAAUUCACCACCACCGAGGCAAUACCUUGGACUGAAGAAACCACUACUACUGGAACGACAACAACGACCGAAAAAGCUACAACAACAGAAACUACACUCAUCACAAAAGUAACCAUUACAACUGAAACAAAACCAACGAUGGAAGAAACCACAACUUCUGAAGCAACACCAAUGACAGAAGACACUUUACCGACCGUGACAAAAUCAACGACAGAAAAAUUCACCACCACUGAGGCCAUCCCAUUACCAGAAGAAACCACUACGACUGGACCAAUACUGUCGACCGACAAGGCUACUACUACAGAAACAACAUACAUUACAAAAGUAACUAUUACAACUGAAACAAAACCAGCGAUGGAAGACACGACAACUUCUGAAGCAACACCAAUGACGGAAGACACUUUACCCACCGUCACAAAAUCAUCGACAGAAAAAUUCACCACCACUGAGACAAUACCAUUAACAGAAGAAACCACUACGACUGAACCAAUACUGACGACUGACGAGGCUACUACUACAGAAACAACAUACAUUACAAAAGUAACUAUUACAACUGAAACAAAACCAACGAUGGAAGAAACCACAACUUCUGAAGCAACACCAAUGACAGAAGACACUUUACCCACCGUGACAAAAUCAACGACAGAAAAAUUCACCACCACUGAGACAAUACCAUUGACAGAAGAAACCACAACGACUGGACCAACAACAACGACCGAAGAGGCUCCCACUACAGAAACAACAUACAUUACAAAAGUAACUGUUACAACUGAAACAAAACCAACGACGGAAGAGACUACCACUUUUGAAACAACACCAAAGACAGUAUAUACUGCCACAACCCUUACAACACCAUCAACAGUCGAAAUUACAACACAUGAAACAAUACCGACGACAGCAGAAAUUACCACAACAGAGACUAUACCUAUGACAGAACAAAGCACCAAAACAGAAACAACACUGACGGCCGAAGAAGCCACAACAAAAGAAUUUUCUACAGCUCAAACAAGACCAGGGACGGAAGAGACUACCACGUUUGAAACAACAACAAUGACAGAAAACACUACAACUACCGUAAAAAAACCAACGACAGAAGAAUUCACCACCACCGAGGCAAUACCUUGGACUGAAGAAACCACUACGACUGGACCGACAACAACGGCAGAAAAAGCUACAACUACAGAAACAACACACAUUACAAAAGUAACUAUUACAACUGAAACAAGACCAACGAUGGAAGAGACGACAACUUCUGAAGCAACACCAAUGACAGAAGACACUUUACCCACCGUGACAAAAUCAACGACAGAAAAAUUCACCACCACUGAGACAAUACCAUUAACAGAAGAAACCACUACGACUGAACCAAUACUGACGACCGACGAAGCUACUACUACAGAAACAACAUACAUUACAAAAGUAACUAUUACAACUGAAACAAAACCAACGAUGGAAGAAACCACAACUUCUGACACAACACCAAUGACAGAAGACACUAUCACUACCCCGACAAAACCAACCACAGAAAAAUUCACUACCACUGAGGCAAUACCAUGGACAGAAGAAACCACUACGAUUGGACCAACAACAACGACCGAAGAGGCUACCACUACAGAAACAACAUACAUUACAAAAGCAACAAUGACAACUGAAAUAAAACCAACGACGGAAGAGACUACCACUUUUGAAACAACACCAAAGACAGUAUAUACUGCCACAACCCUUACAACACCAUCAACAGUCGAAAUUACAACACAUGAAACAAUACCGACGACAGCAGAAAUUACCACAACAGAGACUAUACCUAUGACAGAACAAAGCACCAAAACAGAAACAACACUGACGGUCGAAGAAGCCACAACAAAAGAAUUUUCUACAGCUCAAACAAGACCAGGGACGGAAGAGACUACCACGUUUGAAACAACAACAAUGACAGAAAACACUACAAGUACCGUAAAAAAACCAACGACAGAAGAAUCCACCACCACUGAGGCAAUACCUUGGACUGAAGAAACCACUACUACUGGAUCGACAACAACGACAGAAAAAGCUACAACUACAGAAAAAACACACAUUACAAAAGUAACUAUUACAACUGAAACAAGACCAACGAUGGAAGAGACGACAACUUCUGAAGCAACACCAAUGACAGAAGACACUUUACCCACCGUGACAAAAUCAACGACAGAAAAAUUCACCACCACUGAGACAAUACCAUUAACAGAAGAAACCACUACGACUGAACCAAUACUGACGACCGACGAAGCUACUACUACAGAAACAACAUACAUUACAGAAGUAACUAUUACAACUGAAACAAAACCAACGAUAGAAGAAACCACAACUUCUGAAACAACACCAAUGACAGAAGACACUACCACUACCCCGACAAAACCAACCACAGAAAAAAUCAUUACCACUGAGGCAAUACCAUGGACAGAAGAAACCACUACGAUUGGACCAACAACAAUGACCGAAGAGGCUACCACUACAGAAACAAAACUCAUAACAAAAGCAACAAUGACAACUGAAAUAAAACCAACGACGGAAGAGACUACCACUUUUGAAACAACACCAAAGACAGUAUAUACUGCCACAACCCUUACAACACCAUCAACAGUCGAAAUUACGACACAUGAAACAAUACCGACGACAGCAGAAAUUACCACAACAGAGACUAUACCUAUGACAGAACAAAGCACCAAAACAGAAACAACACUGACGGUCGAAGAAGCCACAACAAAAGAAUUUUCUACAGCUCAAACAAGACCAGGGACGGAAGAGACUACCACGUUUGAAACAACAACAAUGACAGAAAACAUUACAACUACCGUAAAAAAACCAACGACAGAAGAAUUCACCACCACCGAGGCAAUACCUUGGACUGAAGAAACCACUACUACUGGAACGACAACAACGACCGAAAAAGCUACAACAACAGAAACUACACUCAUCACAAAAGUAACCAUUACAACUGAAACAAAACCAACGAUGGAAGAAACCACAACUUCUGAAAUAACACCGACGACCGAAGACACUUUACUCACCGUGACAAAAUCAACGACAGAAAAAUUCACCACCACUGAGACAAUACCAUUAACAGAAGAAACCACAACGACUGGACCAACAACAACGACCGAAGAGGCUCCCACUACAGAAACAACAUACAUUACAAAAGUAACUGUUACAACUGAAACAAAACCAACGAUGGAAGAAACCACAACUUCUGAAACAACACCAAUGACAGAAGACACUACCACUACCCCGACAAAACCAACCACAGAAAAAUUCACUACCACUGAGGCAAUACCAUGGACAGAAGAAACCACUACGAUUGGACCAACAACAACGACCGAAGAGGCUACCACUACAGAAACAAAACUCAUAACAAAAGCAACAUUGACAACUGAAAUAAAACCAACGACGGAAGAGACUACCACUUUUGAAACAACACCAAAGACAGUAUAUACUGCCACAACCCUUACAACACCAUCAACAGUCGAAAUUACGACACAUGAAACAAUACCGACGACAGCAGAAAUUACCACAACAGAGACUAUACCUAUGACAGAACAAAGCACCAAAACAGAAACAACACUGACGGCCGAAGAAGCCACAACAAAAGAAUUUUCUACAGCUCAAACAAGACCAGGGACGGAAGAGACUACCACGUUUGAAACAACAACAAUGACAGAAAACACUACAAGUACCGUAAUAAAACCAACGACAGAAGAAUUCACCACCACUGAGGCAAUACCUUGGACUGAAGAAACCACUACGACUGGACCGACAACAACGACAGAAAAAGCUACAACUACAGAAACAACACACAUUACAAAAGUAACUAUUACAACUGAAACAAGACCAACGAUGGAAGAGACGACAACUUCUGAAGCAACACCAAUGACAGAAGACACUUUACCCACCGUGACAAAAUCAACGACAGAAAAAUUUACCACCACUGAGACAAUACCAUUAACAGAAGAAACCACUACGACUGAACCAAUACUGACGACCGACGAAGCUACUACUACAGAAACAACAUACAUUACAAAAGUAACUAUUACAACUGAAACAAAACCAACGAUGGAAGAAACCACAACUUCUGACACAACACCAAUGACAGAAAACACUAUCACUACCCCGACAAAACCAACCACAGAAAAAUUCACUACCACUGAGGCAAUACCAUGGACAGAAGAAACCACUACGAUUGGACCAACAACAACGACCGAAGAGGCUACCACUACAGAAACAACAUACAUUACAAAAGCAACAAUGACAACUGAAAUAAAACCAACGACGGAAGAGACUACCACUUUUGAAACAACACCAAAGACAGUAUAUACUGCCACAACCCUUACAACACCAUCAACAGUCGAAAUUACAACACAUGAAACAAUACCGACGACAGCAGAAAUUACCACAACAGAGACUAUACCUAUGACAGAACAAAGCACCAAAACAGAAACAACACUGACGGCCGAAGAAGCCACAACAAAAGAAUUUUCUACAGUUCAAACAAGACCAGGGACGGAAGAGACUACCACGUUUGAAACAACAACAAUGACAGAAAACAUUACAACUACCGUAAAAAAACCAACGACAGAAGAAUUCACCACCACCGAGGCAAUACCUUGGACUGAAGAAACCACUACUACUGGAACGACAACAACGACCGAAAAAGCUACAACAACAGAAACAACACUCAUCACAAAAGUAACCAUUACAACUGAAACAAAACCAACGAUGGAAGAAACCACAACUUCUGAAAUAACACCGACGACCGAAGACACUUUACUCACCGUGACAAAAUCAACGACAGAAAAAUUCACCACCACUGAGACAAUACCAUUAACAGAAGAAACCACAACGACUGGACCAACAACAACGACCGAAGAGGCUCCCACUACAGAAACAACAUACAUUACAAAAGUAACUGUUACAACUGAAACAAAACCAACGAUGGAAGAAACCACAACUUCUGAAACAACACCAAUGACAGAAGACACUACCACUACCCCGACAAAACCAACCACAGAAAAAUUCACUACCACUGAGGCAAUACCAUGGACAGAAGAAACCACUACGAUUGGACCAACAACAACGACCGAAGAGGCUACCACUACAGAAACAAAACUCAUAACAAAAGCAACAUUGACAACUGAAAUAAAACCAACGACGGAAGAGACUACCACUUUUGAAACAACACCAAAGACAGUAUAUACUGCCACAACCCUUACAACACCAUCAACAGUCGAAAUUACAACACAUGAAACAAUACCGACGACAGCAGAAAUUACCACAACAGAGACUAUACCUAUGACAGAACAAAGCACCAAAACAGAAACAACACUGACGGCCGAAGAAGCCACAACAAAAGAAUUUUCUACAGCUCAAACAAGACCAGGGACGGAAGAGACUACCACGUUUGAAACAACAACAAUGACAGAAAACACUACAAGUACCGUAAUAAAACCAACGACAGAAGAAUUCACCACCACUGAGGCAAUACCUUGGACUGAAGAAACCACUACGACUGGACCGACAACAACGACAGAAAAAGCUACAACUACAGAAACAACACACAUUACAAAAGUAACUAUUACAACUGAAACAAGACCAACGAUGGAAGAGACGACAACUUCUGAAGCAACACCAAUGACAGAAGACACUUUACCCACCGUGACAAAAUCAACGACAGAAAAAUUUACCACCACUGAGACAAUACCAUUAACAGAAGAAACCACUACGACUGAACCAAUACUGACGACCGACGAAGCUACUACUACAGAAACAACAUACAUUACAAAAGUAACUAUUACAACUGAAACAAAACCAACGAUGGAAGAAACCACAACUUCUGACACAACACCAAUGACAGAAAACACUAUCACUACCCCGACAAAACCAACCACAGAAAAAUUCACUACCACUGAGGCAAUACCAUGGACAGAAGAAACCACUACGAUUGGACCAACAACAACGACCGAAGAGGCUACCACUACAGAAACAACAUACAUUACAAAAGCAACAAUGACAACUGAAAUAAAACCAACGACGGAAGAGACUACCACUUUUGAAACAACACCAAAGACAGUAUAUACUGCCACAACCCUUACAACACCAUCAACAGUCGAAAUUACAACACAUGAAACAAUACCGACGACAGCAGAAAUUACCACAACAGAGACUAUACCUAUGACAGAACAAAGCACCAAAACAGAAACAACACUGACGGCCGAAGAAGCCACAACAAAAGAAUUUUCUACAGCUCAAACAAGACCAGGGACGGAAGAGACUACCACGUUUGAAACAACAACAAUGACAGAAAACAUUACAACUACCGUAAAAAAACCAACGACAGAAGAAUUCACCACCACCGAGGCAAUACCUUGGACUGAAGAAACCACUACUACUGGAACGACAACAACGACCGAAAAAGCUACAACAACAGAAACAACACUCAUCACAAAAGUAACCAUUACAACUGAAACAAAACCAACGAUGGAAGAAACCACAACUUCUGAAAUAACACCGACGACCGAAGACACUUUACUCACCGUGACAAAAUCAACGACAGAAAAAUUCACCACCACUGAGACAAUACCAUUAACAGAAGAAACCACAACGACUGGACCAACAACAACGACCGAAGAGGCUCCCACUACAGAAACAACAUACAUUACAAAAGUAACUGUUACAACUGAAACAAAACCAACGAUGGAAGAAACCACAACUUCUGAAACAACACCAAUGACAGAAGACACUACCACUACCCCGACAAAACCAACCACAGAAAAAUUCACUACCACUGAGGCAAUACCAUGGACAGAAGAAACCACUACGAUUGGACCAACAACAACGACCGAAGAGGCUACCACUACAGAAACAAAACUCAUAACAAAAGCAACAUUGACAACUGAAAUAAAACCAACGACGGAAGAGACUACCACUUUUGAAACAACACCAAAGACAGUAUAUACUGCCACAACCCUUACAACACCAUCAACAGUCGAAAUUACAACACAUGAAACAAUACCGACGACAGCAGAAAUUACCACAACAGAGACUAUACCUAUGACAGAACAAAGCACCAAAACAGAAACAACACUGACGGCCGAAGAAGCCACAACAAAAGAAUUUUCUACAGCUCAAACAAGACCAGGGACGGAAGAGACUACCACGUUUGAAACAACAACAAUGACAGAAAACACUACAAGUACCGUAAUAAAACCAACGACAGAAGAAUUCACCACCACUGAGGCAAUACCUUGGACUGAAGAAACCACUACGACUGGACCGACAACAACGACAGAAAAAGCUACAACUACAGAAACAACACACAUUACAAAAGUAACUAUUACAACUGAAACAAGACCAACGAUGGAAGAGACGACAACUUCUGAAGCAACACCAAUGACAGAAGACACUUUACCCACCGUGACAAAAUCAACGACAGAAAAAUUUACCAUCACUGAGACAAUACCAUUAACAGAAGAAACCACUACGACUGAACCAAUACUGACGACCGACGAAGCUACUACUACAGAAACAACAUACAUUACAAAAAAAAAUUCACUACCACUGAGGCAAUACCAUGGACAGAAGAAACCACUACGAUUGGACCAACAACAACGACCGAAGAGGCUACCACUACAGAAACAACAUACAUUACAAAAGCAACAAUGA